CGGCAAUCAUCUCAAUUGUUUGUUGUGAUUAUGGGUGUUCUGGAGCAUCGGGGAUCAAUUUUCCCUGGAUCAUGACUUGGUGCCUGAGCGGCGAUCCAGCACUUUCAGAAGAAUGGGUCGGUGUUGCUGUUAGUUAGUGUUAACCAAAGAAUCCGGGAUUGCUAUCCACUCGAUGGAUUCCUCCCCAUUAGACUUUUUUACGGAGUACGGAGUACAGUCGAUAUGUAUCCAUCGAUUAAAAAAAGAAAAGAAAAAGAGAGAGAGAGAAAAGAAAAGAAGAGUUCGGCUCUCUGCAGGUUUCGUUCAUGCUCUCAGCACGCAUGUGGAACCUACUUUAAAUAAAUACAUUUUGCCACCUCUCGAGUCUCAAAACGCAGCAAAAAGAUGUCUGUGGAUUCGUAGUAUUCUGGACAGCUCGGUGGAUAGAACCACGGUACAGGUUGAUUUGCAGUCUUGGCUACCAAUCAAUCUUUGUCCUUUGUCGCAACUUGCAUGCGGAAGAUUUAGUCAAGCAAGUCGGGGACAGAGCGAAGACACUCAAGCUAAAACCAAGCCCACAGUAACUCUCGAACGGUGGGAAUGGCGCAGGCAAACGAGACAGAUCUCUGUCUACGUAGUGUCAUGCAUCAUAUAGUCAGUUGACAUCGACAUCGAUAUAUGUCUUCUGUGCACCGUAGGCUGUGUGAGUAUUUAUCAGAACUCGAGACGUCCUCUCUUGCGCUAUACGCCGUAGACACAGAGAUAUAUACAUGUACUCGGCAUCGGCAGGCCACAUGCUUCGC